AUACCCCAACGUCGAAAGCUUAAAAGAGCUUCUCUCUUUAGUUCAUCAUCAAAGUUGCAAUAUUUUUCUCAGUUUGGUUCUUAAAAAGAAAGAACACUUUUUUUUCUUUUUUUUUGCUUUGCUUUUGUUUGGUGGUUGAUCUCUUCUUUUGCUUCUUCAUGUUCUCAUUUUCAUGUCUAAGCCCAUAGAGCAUGAUUACAUAGGUUUAUCAGAGCAGCAGCUCCCUUCAAUGGAGAAAAGCUCUGAUAAAAAGGAUGGUUUACACUUGAAAGAUACUGAGUUGAGACUCGGUUUGCCCGGGUCCGAGUCACCGGAGAGGGAGGAUCAUGACCAAAACGUGCUUUCACUGAAGAGUUUUGUGUCAGGGGCAAAAAGAGGUUUUUCUGACGCACUCGACGGUGGCGGUAAUUGGGUUUUCUCCGGCGGCAGUGGUGGAGGAACUGAAGGGUUGUUUUCUCCUAGACGUGGCGGUAAAAAUAAUGGAGGAAAAGAUCUUUCUGGGUCGGAUUCGGGUUCGGUUUUGAAAGAUGGAGCAGCUCAGAAGCCAUCGGUGGUUCAAGAGAAGAAGCUUCAGGUAGCUGCUACCAGUAGCCAUGGAAAUGGGAAUAUUGCUCCAGCUUCAAAGGCACAGGUAGUUGGAUGGCCACCAAUUCGGUCUUUCCGAAAGAAUACGAUGGCUGCUCACCCUCCGAAGAAUGAUGACGGUGAUGGUAAUGCAGAGGCCAAGUUAGGAUCAGGAUGCCUGUAUGUCAAAGUUAGUAUGGAUGGUGCUCCAUACCUGAGGAAAGUUGAUCUCAAAAUCUAUGGCAGCUACAAAGAACUCUCCUCGGCACUCGAAAAGAUGUUCAGUUGCUUCACAAUCGGUCAGUGUGGUUCUCAUGGAGUUUCUAGCGGUGAUGGAUUGACUGAGAGCCGGUUAGUCGAUCUCCUGCACGGUUCUGAGUAUGUACUCACCUAUGAAGAUAAGGACGGUGACUGGAUGCUGGUGGGCGAUGUUCCUUGGGAGAUGUUUACCGACUCGUGUAAGAGAUUGAGGAUCAUGAAGAGUACAGAGGCUAUCGGCCUAGUUACACGACAGUGUUUACUUCCGAACAAGUAAUCACUGAGACAUGUUUUUUCAGCUCCGAGGGCUAUGGAGAAGUGCAAAAACCGUACCUAGACGAUUCAAUGUCACUGUAACUACUGAAAGCAGAAGAUGGAAGUUUGCUACUAUAUAUAUUUAUAUAUAUAUAUGUGAAUGUCAAAAGCCUUUGACUAUUUAUCAAAAUCGGGGUCUUCUAUUUGCUUCUAAAGUAUGUUUCUAAGCACUGAAGGCUUUGCUAUUGUUAGUAGGGCAAGAUAAAAAAAAAAGAAAAGUAUUUUAAGACAUUAAUUUCCAGGUUUAUAUAGAUUUGUUGUUGUAUGGUUAUGUGUUUUAUUAUCUCUCUGCUUAAGGCUAAAUGGUUUGCUAACUGUCUAUAAUCUCCAUCUUUCAAUAAAAUAAAGGGCAUUUUUAUGAUAA